AUGUCCAACUUGCAGGAAGACAUUGACGAGAUUGGCCAAAGGGGGCAAUCUCAACAACAUGAUCACAUCCUGGAUCUCAUAUCGACCAAUAAUUACGCAUCACAGCAGCGAGAUUUCCUUUCAAAGAGGACCGAAGGCACUGGGAAGUGGCUGUUGGAGUCGAAUGAAUAUCAACGCUGGCUGAAGGAUUCCGGCCAGACACUCUUCUGCCACGGGAUGCCAGGCUCGGGGAAGACGAUAAUGUCAAGUAUCGUGGUCGACGAACUGCUUCGACAAUAUGAGACCGGUUCGGAUACGUACGUGGCCUAUAUAUUCUGCAACUUUCGGUUGCAGCAUCAGCAAUCGGCAGAGAUGGUCUUCUCCAGCCUCCUCCGGCAGCUUGUCCAGAGGUGCAGCAAAAUCCCGGAGUUUAUCAAGAGCUUAUACGCUAGGGAGAAGAACUUGCCGAACCUAGCCCAGACACAGCAGGCGUUUGGAACAAUCGCUCAAAGCUUCCGCAAAGGCUUUGUCGUCAUUGAUGCUCUAGAUGAAUGCGCUGCAUCCUACGAUCCUCUUCGGCGGCUUGUAUCUCUCUUGAUUGAACUCCAAUCCAAGACUGGCUUCAGUCUAUUUGUGACUUGUCGGAAAGUUCCCAGGAUCGAGGAACUGUUUACUAAAUGCAUAAGGCUUGAAAUUCGCGCCAACGAUGGCGACGUCGAGAAGUAUGUGCAGACCCGGUUGCCGAGUUUACCCACAUACGUCCGUGGAAGUCGAGAGCUUCAGGGCAAGAUCAAGCGGACGAUUGUUCGGCACGUGCAAGGCAUGUUCCUUCUGGCCCAGCUACAUCUUGAUUCACUUGUCGACAAGAAGUCCAAGACAGCAAUGAAGCGAGCUCUGGAUGGAUUGGACAGCGGAGAACAUGCCUAUGAUAUAGCCUAUGAUAAGGCAAUGGAAAGGAUAAAAGGCCAGACUCGAGACCAGGCAGAGUUGGCGACCCAGGCCUUGUCCUGGAUUACAUUUGCCAAAAGACCGCUCACAACCGGCGAGCUUCAACAUGCUUUGGCAGUCGAGUUUGAGGAUUAUGGCUUGACCUCGCUGGACCUUGAGAACUUCACCGACCUCGACCAUAUUCUCUCUGUCUGUGCCGGCCUCGUGACCAUUGACGCAGAAACGAACGUCAUUAGAUUGGUACACCAUACGACCCAGCAAUACUUUGACCGCGUCAAGCUACAUCGUUUCCCGUUGGCCGACUUGCAUAUCGCUACUGUAUGCAUCCGAUAUUUGUCAUACCAGAAUGUCGCCCCUGGACCCCUAUUCAGCCGAUCUGAUCAUAGCGAAAGGCUCACCAUGUGGCCGCUAUACAGCUACGCAAGCGAGUUCUGGUACGAGCACAUCGAUAAAACCAAUGAUGAUCAGGAUACACAUAUUAUUAACUUCUUGGAAGCACCUAAUAUCGCGACUUCAGCUUACCAAGCAGCCGUCAUCGCACGCUAUGCGCCAUAUGAAGAGAGCGACUACUCAUACUACUACUUCGUGUCCUGGGAUUUCGAUUUCGAUCAGCAACGCCCAAUUGCAUUGCAUUGGGCUACCUUUAUGGGCCAUGAUAGAGUUACCAGGAAACUCCUUGAGAGGGGAUAUAACGCCGAGCAGGAGGACUUUGAGGGGAUGACCCCGAUGAUGGUGGCUGCUCGACGAGGCCACAACGCAACUGUUAGAAUGAUGUUAGAAGAGUGGCAAAUCUCGGCAAAGACUUCACCCAAGGGCUUGUCACCCCUAGCCUACGCCACGACAUUUGGACAGGAGGGAGUUGUGAGAGUGCUGCUCGAGCAUUCAGAAGUCGACCGCGGAGGCACCGGGCCUUUAGGCCAAGCCAUCGCGUUGGGUCGUUCCGUCAUCGUCAAGCUCCUACUUGACGACCCGAGAGUCGAGCCGAACGUAUCUUCGCCGAGUGGACUGCCUGGACUGAGUAUAGCUAUAAGCUCCGGGUUUCAGGAAAUUGCGGAGGCACUCUUAACGGCGACCGAACUCGAUGUCAAUGCCGCCGAUGAAGUAGACAGGACUGGACUCCACACGGCGAUACUCUGCGACAAUCCGAAAAUCACUCAGCUACUACUCAACCAUCCAGAUGUGGACACGUUGACAGGUUUUCAAGAGACCACCAAGGGACGAACUCCCUUAGCAUUAGCAGCACUGAACGGCCACUAUAAAGUGGUCGCGCUACUUUUGGGCCUACCAAACGUCGACGUUAAUUCGAGAGACGAGGGUGGAAGGACGGCGUUAUCACUGGCAAUCGACGGAGACACGUUGAAGGUCACGACCUCAUCUCCUUCCUCGAAGCAGCCGAAACCAGAAGGCCUUGACGACGAGAAUUACCGGCGCGAAGCCGUUAUCAGAACGCUACUCGAAUCGAAAGGUAUAGACCCUGAACUCAUGGACGAUCGGGGCUGGUCUCCUUUGCUAUACGCCGUGGCCGGUGGUAAUGAGAGGGCGGUCUCUCCGCUCCUGUCCAGUGACCAUAUCGCCGUAGACAGGCUUGGUCCAUCUGGAACGACGGCACUAUUCUACGCCCGAAAUGUCACAAUCGCGCGGCUCCUUAUCAACAGCGGUGCACACCUCGACUGGCACGACGCUCGGGGUAUGACGGCCGUCAUGCACCACUACCACAAAUACUCCGACUCGCGCGAAGUCCUCGAGUUCCUUUGCCAGCAAGGCGCCGAUUUGCAUCUCGUCGACAGUGACGGGGAGACUCUGCUGAUGCGAGCUGCCCGACAAGGGGACGCGUGGAUGGUGAACACGCUGUUGCGGAACGGCGCCGACCCCAACAAUACGGGAAAGAACGGCAGAUCAAUCUUGCUGACGGCGCUUCAGCAUAGCCCAAAGUCAGUAUCAGAUGCCUUCAUCGAGAAAGCUGCCUCUGGUGGGAGGGGUCUUGACUAUGAUAGGGAUCUGGUGGUCGAUGCUGGACGGACCAAGGCCGAGAGCGAGCAGGAGAGGGUCAGCUGGUAUCGAGCGGUCGUCGGUCUCCUGUUGAAGUGGGGUGCGGACGGUGCGUUCAGUCAGCUUGAUCUCCUCAAGCUGAAGUCCAAGAAAACAACCGAUCUGGCGUUAUGA